AUGAGAAAUGCUGGACUAGGAAAAACGUCAGAGCAAUGGCGACAAGAGGUCCAAGAGGAAAGGUCUAAAGCCGAACAAUGGGAAAAAAGAUUUCAUGAUACUUGUGUACGAGAGAGCAUUUUAAAAAAGAGUUUGGUUGAAAGCCAGAAUGAAAAAGAAAUGUUAAGAGCUCGAGUAGAGGAGUUAGAGAUGACGCUUCAUCAAUCUCAUAGUCGCAACUCUGCAGUAGAGCUGAAGGCAAGCUUAAACAGGAUAGAGGAUUUGAGAGGGAAGAUAGAAGAACUUGAGAUAGAACUUCAGAACCGUGAACUUCAAAUUCAACUUAUUAAGUCAGAUAAUGAGCAUUGGAAAGAGCUGCUACAUAGAUCUCAGAAUCAGGUCAGGAACAGAGAUCGCAUCAUGGGUGAGGCCGUGGCUCAGAUUCGAGAGGUAGCGGAGCAUUUGCAAACUCUAGCAGUUCAAGCUGACGUGUUAAGUGUAAAGUAUGAAUUAGAGUCGGAUCGAGGUCGAGAGCUAGCUAGGCUUCUCAAGAGAGUUAAAACUUUGGGCAUAAGGGCUAGGCCGUAA